AUGGCAGAGAAUGCGGGGGCGCGCAAUAUUUUUGUGCCCAUCGACAACAAUGCGCCUCCUAGAAACAUUCCUCGCGAGGAGUACCAUCCCGUUCCGCGCAAAGGGGUCAUUAGAGAUUCCUCGGAGCCCAUUCAGACGAACAAGUUCUACGCCAACCUUUUCCUAGAAGAGCAACAGCAUACUGUUUGGACACAUCCAUACUCCAUUUGGUGGAGCAAAGGCAACGGCAAUGCGAAGAGUUGGGGCUUAUCAAUUUCUCAUAUUGAGCGCAAUCAGCUCGUAGUACAACCUGUAUCAGAUCGAUCCUCGCAGAAUUCUCCGUCUCGCUAUUUCCUCAACCCUACAUUCAUCCAGUCGAUUACCCUCUCUGCGGCGGAAUUGGGUCCAGAAACAAGGCUUACAACUGACUCUCACCGGGCCUUUUCUGUGAACGUCAAUCUCCAAGGGUCCAGUGAGUGCUAUUGGACGAGACUACAAUUUCCAUUGACCCAGGGUAUGGGAUUCGUGACUGGAAAAUACAUCAAUGCUACUCCUUUGAUCCAGUCUGGUGUCUUCUUUCGAUCUUUUACCGGUCCGGCUCUUGUUGACUCUGCUUCGUGUAAGGAUUACGGUGCGACCUACAGGUUUAUCACUGUCUUGGAAGACGGCAAUAUGUGGGCACUGUAUAUGACACCUUCGAACCAGCCAUACGAUCCGUUCAGCUUGAGAUUAAGGGACAACAGUACAGUUGCUGGCAAUGAGCACUUCUCGGGCCUCAUACAAGUGGCCAAGAUCUCCGGAGGCAGUCAAUCUCCUGAGGCCCUCGCGGUGUUUGAUAGGUCUGCGGGAGCAUACCCGCAAUCUGCUGACAUCUCAGGUUCUGUGAGCGAGAACGUAGGGAGUUAUACAUUCUCUUGGACAAAGCAUGGCAUUCAAGGCAAGCCGUUGCUCAUGUAUGCUCUGCCUCACCAUGUCGAGUCAAUGGAUGUGGCGACGUUACAAGCGAAAACUCACAUACAGUUGCAAACUACCACCAAAGGCGUUGCGACAGCAUUUCAAGCGGACAGGCUUACAUUUACCAUGGUAGAAAGCAACCUACCCACAGACAUGGGCUUUGGACCGUGGGGCCCCGUGAAGAGAGAUGUUCGUUCUUUCGCACCUCAUCUCACCGCACAAUUGAGUAGGUACGGUCAAUCUGAGCUAUCGCAGGAUAUGGAUCGGCAAUCAAACCUCAACUCCAUGUAUUUCAGCGGCAAAGCGCUUGCCAAGUUCGCAACUAUUGCAUACGUGACAAACGACAUAGCGCAGAACCCAGACGCCGCACGUGCUGGGCUGGCCAAGCUCAAGGCAGCUUUCAAUACUUUUGUGCAGAACAAGCAGCCUCUCCCUUUGGUUUACGACCUUGCAUGGAAGGGCAUUGUCUCCAGCGGAGGUUACGAGGACAAGAAUCUCGACUUCGGCAAUACGUACUAUAACGACCAUCAUUUUCACUAUGGCUACUUCGUAUACGCAGCAGCAGUGAUUGGCUAUCUUGAUCCCGACUGGCUGCAUCAAGGCACGAACAAAGCCUGGGUGCAAAUGCUCGUCAAAGACUUUGCAAACUCCAGUACUGACAGCGUACUACCGUUCUACCGCUCCUUCGACUGGUUCUGUGGUCAUUCAUGGGCAAAGGGACUCUUCGAGAGCGCCGACGGCAAGGACCAAGAGUCGUCGUCCGAAGACGUGUUCGCAGCAUAUGCCCUGAAGAUGUGGGGUCACGUUAUCGGCGACAGGGCCAUGGAAUCGCGCGGCAACCUCAUGCUCUCAAUCCUGUCACGCACACUGGACAGCUACUACCUCAUGCGCUCGAACAAUACGAUCCACCCGCCCUCUUUCAUCCCAAACAAGGUCGUGGGUAUAAUGUUCGAGAACAAAGCAGAUUGCGCCACAUAUUUCGGUCUCAGACCGGAAUACAUCCACGGCAUCCACAUGUUACCCCUUUGUCCCGCAACCGCAUUCACACGUCGCUCGGAAUUUGCCAAGGAGGAAUUCGAAGCCGUCUUCGAGGGCAGGCUGCAGGACGUGGGCGGUGGCUGGCUCGGUAUCAUCAUGGCUAACGUCGCACUGUUUGACCCACAGAGAGCGUACAGGUUCUUUGCAGAUGAUGCGUUUAAAGAUGAGUGGCUGGAUGAUGGUGCGAGUAGAACUUGGUACUUGUGCUGGUGUGCAGCGCUGGGAGGUGUUUGA